GGAGCAUCCUGCAAUGCACAGGCCGGCACUGCAGCUCCAGCCCCGAGGAGUCCACGGGUUCUCAGGGACACAGAUGUGACCCGACAGAAGAGGACGCUUGUGCCAAAGCCAAUGUCCCAAGCCACCUAAACAGAUGAAAGAGCUGUGAUCCAUUCUAUGUGACGUAAUGUCCCAACUGUGCAACAUGGCAGGAGCCCUGGGGGCUGAAGAAUGACACUUUCCUGCAUUGGACUCAAUAAGAUCUGCUUCCUGCUGUCCGUGACCUUCUGUGCUUUCCUUCUCCUGCUAAUCCCCAAAUUCCAGACUACCUGGAGACAUAGGGGCUAUCCACAACCCCAUCCACCACCUCCUUUUAAUGCUUCCUGCAAAAGUGAGUUCCACCACCAUCAGGCAGAUUCCAGCUCAACAGACCAUUUGGACAGUGAGGGAACUGAUACUGCACACAGAGUGAAAGAUGAAACUGUAGAAAAAUGGGGGGAUUACAGCCUACGUGCUGGGGGAUCCAGCCUGAAACUUGAGGAGCAGGAUGGGAGCCCCACCAGUUCUCUUCACACUAUGUUGAAGGACCACCAUGGACCUGCAGGUGAUUCCAUUAAGGAGAAUUUGGAGCUGAAGGAUAUUUUUAUUGCUGUGAAAACGACAAGAAAGUAUCAUAAAACUAGGCUGGACUUGCUCUUCCAAACCUGGAUUUCACAGGUCAAAAGACAGACGUUUAUAUUUACAGAUUGGGAGGACCGUGAACUACGCCUAAGAGCAGGAGAUCACAUGAUCAACACCAACUGCUCUGCUGUUCACACCCGCCAGGCACUCUGCUGCAAGAUGUCUGUGGAAUACGAUAAAUUCCUCGAAUCUGGGAGAAAAUGGUUUUGCCAUGUGGAUGAUGACAACUAUGUGAAUCCACAGAAUCUCCUUCGUCUCUUGUCUGCCUUCUCACACAGCCAGGAUGUAUAUGUGGGGAGGCCAAGCCUGGACCACCCCAUAGAGGCAGCUGACCAUGUCCGGAGUGAUGGAUCAACAACUGUGAAGUUCUGGUUUGCCACAGGUGGAGCAGGGUUCUGUAUCAGCAGGGGUCUUGCCCUGAAGAUGAGUCCCUGGGCCAGCUUGGGUAACUUCAUCAGCACUGCAGAUAGGGUCCGUCUUCCUGAUGAUUGCACCAUCGGUUACAUCAUCGAGGGGCUGCUGGAGGUGAAGCUGCUGCACAGCCCCUUGUUCCAUUCCCAUCUGGAGAAUCUGCAGAGACUACAAGGCGAGACAGUGCUACAGCAGGUCACCCUGAGUUACGGGGGCCUUGAGAACAAACACAAUGUUGUGAGUGUGGCAGGAGUGUUUGGCUUGCAGCAAGAUCCAACCCGAUUCAGAUCUGUCCAUUGUCUUCUCUAUCCUGACACUACUUGGUGUCCCACUAAAAAUAUACUGUGACCUCAGACCUUACCUUGACAUUUGGUAUCUGACCUGCACAAGAUGCUUUUCUUGGAGAUGAACAAGAAAAAUCUACAAAAGUAAGAUUCUCCCGAUCACUUCAUUCCGAUGGCAGGAGUGUGAGCCUCAACAGCUGCUGUCUGAAAUAUCCCAAGGAAGAAACUGUCCUACGCUUUGCUCUCUGAACUUCCAGCUCUUCUUAUAAUGUCUCAAAGGUUAAGCACCCCCUCCUACUUCCUGUCUGGUUUUAUCCAUGCUUUGCUAGUUAAAAGCCCUGUGGCUAUCACAUGUGUUUGUACCUUAAAAUUAGAGUGGAAUGCAGUGCCUGGAAUCAUAGCACUGGAACUAGUGUUCUGAAUAGGGCUUCUAGGGAUCAGUCUUUGUGCUGCUGAGAUGCCAGGGCAGAAUUUAGGCCCCAUGGUGGGGAGGGAGGGAUUUUUAAUUUGGCUCCUUGGAAGCAGAAUGAUUCAGGAACUUCUCCAGCUUGUUGUUUUUUCUUAUCCCAAUGUCUGAGAUGUGCGGGAAUUUAGCUGAAACAUCUGCACUUCCAGUGAGGCAGAGAUGGGUUUACCAAGAACAAAAUUAUGCCAGUCUGCCCUGCAUGACAGGCUGAGGACCACAUCGGAACCUCUUAAGCAUAUGUUCUCUCCUUUAGCCCCCCUGUCUCUUGAGUCUGGCUUCCAUGAGGAUAGCACACUUAGAUCUCUUUCUGGUUGGAAGAUGGUGGUGGUUUUCCAUGAUAGGCUGCAGAUCCAAAGGUGCUUGGUCUUGGCUCAUACUAUUUCCUGGCAGUUUGAUACUGAGAGAGAUGUUUGUGGGAAUAUUAUUAGGUCCUUCCUCCCAGUGUAAUCCACAGUAUGGUGCCUGGUUGGCAUCUGAUCCUGGGUCGCUAAAACAGCCUGCAGCCUCCUUCCUGCUUCUGCAGUCUUGCUGCAUCCCAAAGCCUAUGUGGGAGGAGAAACCUGGGUUAGCUGCAGUGCCCUCAGGUGCUGUCAUUUGGGGCCUUUGACUGGACUUGUGUGAUCACCCAGGCCAGUUACAUAAAUGGACCUUUGAGCUCUAGGCCUGAGGAAGAUCUGUGUUCACUUUUCCUCCGCAAGCCAGCCAGGAAGAGGUGCGCUAGAAGAAAGGCUUGCACACUCCCUCCAAAUGAGGGGCUCAGCCCCUUGUCUGCAGAGUUUCUGCUGUAGGAUUUACCAGUGCUCUUCAAAGGAAAAGGAGUUUGGUUUUGGCGUGGGGAAAGAAGGGACUCCAAAAGUCUGUCAUUUUACUCUUAGUCCACACUGAGGCUUGCACAUUCCAUUGCUGGCAUGGUUUGGAAAAGCAGUGUCAAAAAUUACUUUGCAGGACCCUCCCUUAGUCUAAUGGGCCUUUCACAAGCUCUUCGCUGGUUCCUGGUCCUAAUGACUAACACUGAAAUGGGGGGAAAGCAGCAGAAUUACAUAUUAGCAAAUUGUAAUUCCAAGCACUGUGACCUGAGCAUGGAGCUGUCAGGAAGGAACUCUUGGUUUCUAAUUCUGUCUCUGCCACCAAUGCACUGUGUGGCCGUGGUUGAGUCAUGUGACCUCUCUCAUUUGUAAAGUGGGUAGAGUAUAUAGGCACACUUCUCAGGUAUUCAGUCAUGAGGCUUCAUGGAGUUGUGUAACUCUUUCUGAAGAGGAUUAUUCCCAUCUCUCGCUAACAAAGACCCUUUAGGGUUUAGCCAUGCAUGUUUUCCUGCUUUCUAGAGAGACUAAUUCUCCUGAGGGAUAAGGUCCAGGCCUUCUAGCUGUCACAAUCCUGAAUCUGUCUCUCUGACUUCUCAGAUGUUGUGACCCUUUUUUGCCCUCCUUCAUCUUCUUGAUGUGGCACUAACUCCAUUCUUUGGCCAAGAGGCCAGGCUGGGAACACUGGAAUUGCCAGACUGCAUCAGAUCAGUGGUCCAUCUAGCCCAGCCUCCUUUCUCAGACAGUGGCCAGACAGAACCAAAUGCUACAGAAGAUGCCAUAAUGUGGAAUAAUCUGUCUGCACCUUAGGUCUCCCUCCUGAUCCCUUAAGCCUGAAUAAUAUCCCUUCCAAAAAAUUUGUCAGUAAUUACAACUGGAUAUUCUUGAUAGCCAUAUAAAUAUCCAGUCCUUUUUGAAUCUUAAGUACUUGGCCACAAUGCCUGUCUUCCUGUGGCAAAGAAUUCCAUAAAUUAACGAGUCAUUAAUGGGACUCUGUGCCUCCAAAUGCUGAUUAACUGCUUCUUUACUGCAGCAUCUGUUCUUGGUCCAUGGACUGCUCUAGAAUUGCCAGAUAUACCACAUAUGACAGAUCAGUUAAGACUAAGGCCUGAUCCUACUAUAUUGAAGUCAAUGGAAAAACUCAUAUUGAUUUCAGUAGCACCAGGACGGAGUCCUAAAAGUUUGGUCCAAUACUCUUCCUGAUUCCCAGGGCUGAGAAUGCUACCUCUUUGGCAUACCCACAACUGAAAGGCCUAUAGGCUGGGCUUCAAAAAGAAAUGCAUGCCUCCUAUAUGGCAGUGCAGAGCACUGGCCUUUAACAAGUUGUUGUUUGGGCUCCUUUUAAAGUUUUUCAUAAAUGUUUCUACUAUGGUAGCCGCUGCUGCCAUAAGAUGGGAGUGUUCCAGACAAUCUGGUAUGUCUCAUCUAAAGUGUUUUCUUUUAAUUAAAUAAAUAUUUAAAGGUGG